GAAAAGCAGCCAGGCAGAGAGGGAGCUGGCGGUCUGGUGGCCUUGCAUAACACACGUUGAAGCAGCCUUGCACGCAGGACUUGCUGUGAGCUUCAGCAGUGGGGAACUUCCUUUACCGUCAGCCCGCAGGGGCAGCGUAGCUUCCAAAGCGGAGAGUCCAGAGAGGAGGGCAGAGCUGGAGCAGCUACAACGCAGGCUCCAGGAGAGGAGAGCGGCACAAAGGAGAGAUUCAGGAAGCGGAGUCCUAGGAAACACGUCUCCAGCACACACACACACACACACACACACACACACACACGCACACACGCACACUGAGAGGCAGGAAGAAUCCUUGGACAUGCUCUGCAAGCAGUGGCUGUGGAGAGACUGAUUACUGCCGACAUCGUGGAAGAGGUCGAUCGGUCAGAGAUGAUUCCUCAUGAAGUCUAUGGAGCUCAUUUUGUGAGCUGGAGUGACUCCAUCUUCUCUUGUCUGAGACCUGGAGCUGUCCACCAGUGAGAACAAAAAUAGAACAGAGCCACACAGCACACAGAGACGCCAACCCCUGCACAUAAUCACUGAGUGGAGGUGAGAGAGAGAGAAAGCAGCCUCAGAGGAGCUUAGAAGUAGUAACAGGGAAUAUUAAAACCACGCUGGCACAAUGAAAUCUAACCAGGAGCGGAGUAAUGGAUGCCUGCCUCCCAAGAAGCGUGAGAUCCUGGCUCUGGAGCAGAGGCCAGUGGUAGCAGCCACAGCUACGCCACCAGCUGCAGUGGUGACCGAUAGUCCGCACACAGAGAACUUAGCGUGGUUGGCAAGCGUAGCCAGUGAACGCUGCAAAUCUAGGGAUGCAGAGAGCCCAAGAUGUCCCAUCUCCUCCACUUCCUCCUCUUCUCCUUCUACUUCUGUCCCUUCCUCGUCCACUCCUCUGUCUGCAGUGCCCCUGGCCUCUCUGCCUGCAGUUUACCCCACAGCCCUUCCACAGCAGGCUGGGACUAUCCAGUUUGCUCAGCUGGGACCCAACGUUCAGUUCAUCAGCUCUGGACCCUAUGCCGGCUACAUCUCCUCUCACAUCAUCUCAACAAAUGCUAGUUCUGUGCCUAACAGCUCUGCCAUAGUAGGACAGCGUUCACAGCUGGAUAGUUACACCACAGCCCUCGUCUCCCCCAACACCAAAGGGGAGCAGCAGUUUCAAAUAGGUCUCUCCCCCACAGAACUGGCACCUGUGUCACUGCCGAACUCUCCCCAACUCACCAGCCAGUACAUCCAUCUGGACAGCAGAACACCUCUGACUGUCAGUGGAAACGCUGUCACUUCACCCACGGCCCACCUCCAGCUCCACCCUCACACAGCCGUCCUCCCUCAAACACUUACCCUCGCUCCCUCCCAGCUGGUGGUUCAGUAUGCAGAUGGUUCAGCUGGAAAGAAACCAGAGGGGCAUGCUAAGGGUGUAGUGAAUGGGGAAUUGGAGGUGGUCAAACAGGCAAAAGCCCCCAGUCAGUCAGCAAACCAUCAGCAGGUCCACAGCUAUGAGGCCAGACAUAUCCUUCUUCCUGCAGACUAUGGCCAAAACCCAGCAGGACUCCAGACCUCCUUGGUGCUGGUUGCUCAGCCCAACCAUGGAGCUGAACAUGAAGCUGGCUCAAAUAAGAUAUCCUUAGUCCAGACUGAGAAAGGAGGCAUCUGCUUGGGGAAGCCAGUGUCCAGAUCUUCCUCUUUUACCUCCCUCUCUUCCUCAGAGAUGGUGAAGUCUGUUGCUCCUCAUACAGUCAUCCAGACCACUUUGCCCCCUGAAGAGCUGCCAGCCAGUCUCUACUCCUCCACACAGCCACCCAUCAUUGGCUAUAUCACCAGUGCAAAUCAGCAUGCUGUCAGCUACCAUGCGGCACUGCCCCAGCACCUGGUCAUCCCAAGUGGCCAGUCCCUCCUCAUCCCAGUCAGUGGUGCCAAUAACAGCACAGAAAUCGAGGUUAGUCGUACUGUCAGCGCCCUGACUGCUACCACUACCCCUCAAAUAUCCACUGCCAUGCCGCAUGCCUAUCUGGCCACAGCCUUGUCCAAGUGUGAAGCGCUUGGGCCAGAUGGAAAUCAACCACCCCCUGCCGUCGCACAGGCUCCAACGCUGUCGGUCCUGCCCUCAAACCCGGCUCCUGCAGUGGUGGCAGCUCCCUCCCCGACUCCCACCCCUGCCCCAACCCCGGCCCCUGUUUCCAUCCAAGCCUCCCCCUCUAUUUCUUCCUCCUCUUCCCCUGUGGCACUUCCUCCAUUCUUCAUGCGAGGCUCCAUCAUCCAACUGGCUGAUGGGGAGCUGAAGCGUGUUGAAGACCUCAAGACAGAGGACUUCAUCCAGAGUGCUGAGAUUAGUAGUGAGUUGAAGAUUGACUCCAGCACUGUUGAGCGUAUUGACAGUGGGCAAACUCCCAAUGCUGUGGUCAUACAGUUUUCUGUUGGAGAGCUAAAAGCCCAGGUGUGUGUAGAGGUGCUGGUGGAGUACCCCUUCUUUGUAUUUGGUCAGGGAUGGUCGUCCUGCUGCCCGGACCGGACCACCCAGCUGUUUGAGCUGUCCUGUGCUAAGCUUUGCGUGGGUGAUGUGUGUGUGUCGCUGACCCUCCGCGGCUUGAGGAAUGGUUCGGUAACAGACGGCCAGGCUUUGCGGACUAAGCUGAAGAUGAGUCACCUCUCUGACUCCUGUCACAAUGUGGAUGCCAAUGUAAGAAACAGUACGAGUCCAAACACUGCAGGCAGUAACAGUGGUCUCCUAAUGAAGGCUUCCAGUGCGGACAGGCUGGAGAAGGAGCAGGUAACUGGACCAGGAUCAGGACUGGAGCUACCGCCAGGAUUGGGUCUAGUUCCUGGACCAGCGGAGGGGAUCUAUGGAGCGGGUUCAGUGCCCACAGUCUCUGGGAUUAGAGAAGUAAGACAGGAAUCAGUGAGAACAGACAUGCCUGCUCUUACCAGAAUACAAUGUGGUGAUCCAGAGCGAGCCACAGUCCGCAAGAGACGCUGGUCAGCUCCGGAGAGAGACCAGACUGAGAGAGCUGAGGAGGAGCCACCUCUGACUCUGCCCAAACCCUCUUUCGUCCCUCAGGAGGUAAAAAUCAGCAUAGAGGGCCACUCCAGUACUGGGAGUGAAAGGUGCUUGAGCAAAAGAGUAGACUGUUGAGAGAACUUUAAGGAAUUUUCAAUACCUGUGGUUUGCUUUGUAUUUAUCCCCUCUCUUUUCUCUCUAUCCAGACUACUGUAAUAUAGACUGAGUUUACACAGUAUUUACAUGUUUUCUUUUCUUUCACGUAAGUCUGAUAUCUACGAUGAAGUACAGCAGAGCACCUUCAUAAGUGGUAUCACAUGAGAUCAGUGCAAUCAAUACAGAAAGCAAAACUGAAUGCAGUGUGAAUGUUGAGUAUGAAUGGCAGUCAGUCACCUGAGAGACAUUUCACUUUGACAUUUGAUCUCUUGUCGUGUGGCUUUAACCUGUUGAAUGCAGACCAGUCAACCAUUCCUCUUAUCACAUGAAUAAGCACAGACCCCGAUGUCAGUGGGUAGAAAGUGGGUAACCAUAUUUUGACUCUCAUUGUUUGUUUCCCUGUUUGGUCUAUUUGUGUUGUAGUGACGUUUAUGAGUCAAAGAGAGACUGUGGUGUUUCAAUGAAAAUGCUCAAUUAUCAUGGCUGUGAUUUAUCCUGCCUUGUGUAUCUGAUGAGGUUUUGAGUUUUAUUUUAUUACUAUAUUUUUUGUUUUCAACAUAACAGAUGUGUGCUACCACCGUUGGGUUGUGCCACUUGUCUCCUAAUGUAUGUGCCUGUGUGUUGGUUUGUGUGUGUUCUGUCUGUGUGGCUGUUAAACGGAGUAUAGGAGUCAGGUGUGUGUGCGACUGGCAGCUGUGAGCUCAGUUGUCAAUGCAGCCUGCAAAUAUAAAAACUGAAAAAAGGCCUGAAUGUAAACCACUGAAUUUGUCCUCAGUACUGACACACGAAGUCAUGCGUGUGCUGUUUGCUACACCAAUGACAAGUAUGCUGAAAAUUUGAAACCAGUGCUUUUGCAGUAUGUGGGUGACAGCAGUUGCACGUGAGUGCAUUCCUCUGAAGAAGUUUCUCAGCCAACUUUACCUUCACAGUUUGUUAGCAAAGUUUAGUAAUUCCUCUCAAGGACAGCAUAUGUUUGUCUUUUAGCCUGGCUGCUAUGUGCAGCAUUUCUAAUAUAUACAAAAAAGGAAAAUGUAUUCCUGUCUAAUAAUGACUUUUUAGCUUAUCUUUGUAUGGACUCAGCCCUCAUACUGCAAUAUAAACCAAGUUGGCUAACUUGUCUAAUAGCAGUAAUUGUUUUUUUUUUUGGCCACUUGGGGGCAGCACAACAAAUGGUAAACAUAACACUAAUAUAUUAUUAGCUUUUAGAUUUAAAUUUAAAGAGCAGUGAGGGUGAACCAAAACAGUAAAGUUGUGGGACAUAAAACCAAAACAAUGAGCUGAAAGAUGCUAAAAAGCUCUGUAGAGCCAAGGGGAACUGUGUGGUUUGCUAAAUAUUUUCCAUGGGUUCAUUACCUCGAUUGACCCCUUUCACAUUAAACAGCCAUCUGACCCAUUGUCAAUAUAAAAAUAUUGAGCAACUUUAAAUGCAAACACACAUUAGAUAAAAAUAAAAUCAAAAACAUGACAUAAUAAUUAUGUAUUGAUGGAAAAAUGGUACCAUCCCAUUCUAUUGACCUAUCCUGCUGCUUUCUUUACAGAAACCAUGGCCUUAGAUAUAUAUAUAUGUGUACCUAGUUCACAGCAGCACAUGGUUUUUAGGGUUUUACCAUUAAAACCUAUUUUCCUCAAUGAUGGUAUGCCUUUCUUAAGUCCCGACCUGGUAUAUCAGAGUACUGCUGUUUUGAUUUAAACAGCUUUCUUUCUAUUAGUAGAUUUAUUUCUUAGCGUAGAGCUAAAAUUAAUAUCCUACAGUUCAUUCUCAGGAACAGUGUGUGUGUGUGUGUGUGUGUGUGUGUGUGUGUGUGUGUGUGUGUGUGUGUGUGUCUGUGCAGGUCUAAGACAGUAUGUGCAUGUUCAAAGUCACGUGUGUAUGUACUGAGCAGCAGCACUUUGAUGAAGCAUCUAGCAGCAUUGUGGUGUUGGUGGCGGCGGUGGUGCCCCUGUUCCUCAACUAGUAGAUAUAAUGAG